UCAGUGAAACAGCGAAACAAUUCAGAGCUGGAACCCACUCAAGAGAGCGGGAGAGAGAGAGGAAAAAAGAAAAAAAAAACAAAAAACCUCGACCAGCCAACCCAGUCCUGAGCCUUGUUAGCCCAUCAAAGAGUCUAUGAAAAACCUUUCCUCCCUCCCUCAUGCACUCAUUCGCAGCACUGCCCAGAUCAGCUCUGUCCUUUUGCCUCUCUCCUCCUACAAAGGUAGACCUCUCCAGGCUGCCCGAAGCUCUCAGGAACGGGCGUCACUGACUGCUGCAGUUCCCUGGAGUAGACUAUCCCACCAGCAAAUCAAACUCUGCUUCUUGCAAACCUCAGAGACCCCUUCCUCUCCCCAAGAUUCCCCAUGCGAGUCUAAAGAGGCUGCUUCUACAAACAAGUGCUGAAGCCUUUCCUGGACAGACAGACUGCCCUCAAACCUUGUACCAGCGUCAAGCUACGCCUCUUCAGAUGUGCAGCUGUGAUGGCAAAGCGUUUUGGGAAGCUAUGAGAGAGCAGAGCCGGUGAUGGCAUUGGGUUGAAAGCCACCCAGAAAGGAGAAGCCUUGCUAAUGUGUGCGCAGAAUGCCUUCCUCCUCGGAGAGGAGCUCAGCACCUAAUUGGCAGAAAGCCUAGCAGCGAAGCCAGGAUGCUCUCAGAAGCUGUCUCAUUGCUGCUGCUUGUAGCUGGGAUCCACUCAGUGUCUGGAGGAGGAGCAGCAGGCUACGCUCAAGUGAAAUACAUGCAACCCAUGGUGAAAGGGCCUGUGGGACCCCCGUUCCGGGAAGGCAAGGGACAAUAUCUAGACAUGCUGCCAGCCCUGCCCAUGGAUCUCAAAGGGGAGCCCGGACCACCAGGGAAGCCAGGCCCGCGAGGCCCUCCAGGACCACCAGGAUACCCAGGAAAACCAGGCACUGGGAAACCAGGAAUGCACGGCCAGCCAGGCCCUGCAGGGCCCCCUGGGUUUUCUGGUAUUGGGAAACCAGGCAUCCCAGGGCUCCCAGGAAAGGCGGGCAUGAAAGGGAUGCCUGGCUUGAAAGGUGAACCUGGCAUGCGGGGAGAGCAAGGGCCACGGGGGCUGCCAGGGCCACCAGGUCUGCCUGGACCAGCGGGCAUCUCAGUCAAUGGUAAACCAGGCCUACAAGGGGCUCCAGGGCAACCCGGCUUUAGGGGUGAACCCGGACCGAAAGGGGAGCCGGGCCUUCGUGGGGAACGUGGUAUGAAAGGAGAAAAUGGAGUUGGGAAGCCAGGGUUGCCAGGGCCCAGGGGGAACGGCGGGCCACCUGGUCCUUCUGGCCCACCAGGCCCUGUGGGCAAUGGAAAACCAGGGCUUGAUGGCUUGCCAGGUGCUCCCGGGGGAAAGGGUGACAUGGGCCCACCCGGUCCACCUGGGAUCAAUGGGGAACCGGGGCUAAUUGGGCCACGGGGCCUGCCAGGUGUGGACGGAAUAGGCAUCCCAGGGGUUGCUGGCAUCCCAGGGCUGCAAGGCCCCUUGGGGCCAAAGGGAGAACCCGGCAUCCGCGGCCUUCCUGGUUUACCAGGAGCUACAGGCUAUGGGAAACCAGGGCUGCCCGGCUUAAAAGGAGACCGCGGGCAGCCCGGGGUCCCAGGUGUGAUUGGUGACAAAGGGGAGCCAGGCAUAGAUGGGGAGCCAGGAGACAUGGGGCCACCAGGCAUCAUAGGACCCCCAGGGCCCCCAGGUUCCAUGGGUUUGCCAGGUAAGCAUGGGCUCAUGGGCCCUAAAGGUGACGCCGGGCCCCCAGGGGUCCCAGGAAUGCCAGGGAUACGCGGAGACCAAGGACCAAAUGGUUUUGCAGGGAAACCAGGGGUACCAGGAGAGAGAGGCUUGCCAGGUUCACAUGGGCCACCUGGCCCAAUGGGCCCCAAAGGGGAACCAGGGUUCAUAGGGCUCCCUGGGGUGCCUGGGUUAACAGGGGGCCCUGGCCCUAAGGGGGAGGGUGGGAUUCCAGGGCAGCCGGGCCUGAGGGGCCCAUCUGGUAUUCCAGGUCUACAGGGCCCUGCAGGGCCAAUGGGGCCUCAGGGCUUACCAGGGCUGAAAGGGGAACCAGGUCACCCGGGCCCUCCGGGGGAGGGGAAAGUGGGCGGGCCGGGUAUUGCAGGGCCCGUUGGCCCACCUGGAAUGCCAGGAAACCCCGGAUUACACGGGCCUCCUGGGCCUCCCGGGCCCCCUGGCCCCCCCGGGGCACCAGGGGUGUUUGACGAGACGGGCAUUGCUGGGCUCCAUUUGCCAGACGGUGGCGUGGAAGGUGCCGUGCUGGGGAACGGCAAGCCAGGGAAGCCACAGUAUGGCCGAGGAGAGCUCUCUGCCCGAAUAGCGCCAGCAUUCACGGCCAUCCUGACCUCGCCGUUCCCGGCAUCCGGCAUGCCAGUCAAAUUUGACAGGACUUUGUAUAACGGGCACAACGGCUACAAUGCAGCUACUGGGAUAUUUACCUGUCCCAUCUCCGGCAUCUAUUACUUUGCCUACCACGUGCAUGUCAAAGGGACUAAUGUCUGGGUGGCGCUGUACAAGAACAACGUACCUGCUACAUACACCUACGAUGAGUACAAAAAAGGCUACCUGGACCAAGCCUCGGGCAGCGCCGUGCUUGAACUCAAAGAGAACGACCAAGUCUGGGUGCAAAUGCCUUCGGACCAAGCCAACGGGUUGUACUCCACAGAAUACAUCCACUCCUCCUUCUCUGGGUUCCUGCUUUGCCCCACAUAACGGCUAUUGGGUGCAUUUCCUUUAUACCCACUUUAGCCAUAAACUGUCUUAAUUUUUUUAUUAAAAAAAAAAGAAAAACAAAAUAAAAUAAAAUUAAUGCAAAAAAGAAAAAUCACUGGGAAGAACGUGCCCGUCGUUGGCGCGGGACCUUGCUUCACGCUGUUUGAUCAAUGAGUCAAGAGGAUAAUCAGAAAGAUGUUUUCUUGCUUUUUUUCUGUUUUUUUGGGGGAGGGUAACGGCAAAGUGGAAUAAACUUUACCCUAGCGACUGCACAUCAAACUAGCAUGGGAUGGCAAGGACCUAGGCAUGCAACGCGAUUGUUCUGUAAUCCAGAGUAGGUAAACUGAAGGAACUAGAGCCUUUUUUUUUUUUUUGGUUUAUAACUUUUUCCCCAUUUUGAAUUAAAUAAAAACAGCGAUUUUAACUGUUAGUGUACACUUUAGCCAGCAAAAAGGUCCUAUGCAUUCAACCCAAAUCUAUGUAGAAGCAGUGCCAUGAUGGAUUGAAAUAUCUUCCUCCUAAUGCAUCACUGGCCCAAGUUUCAGUCUCAUUCAUACUUUUCUUUUUUAUUUUUAAGAUUGUGCUUUGAGGCAGUCUCUCUGAUUUAAUCAGGAGUCAGUGCGGGUUGAUUUUUAGUCAUCAAAUGUGUAACACAUUGCAUAAGCACCUUUAUAUAAUAAGUAAAUAAUUAUUAUUUAAAAA